AAUCGCCUUCAAAAACACCAAGAUGUUAACUGAAGAACCAUACUGUGGAUCAACGUUACCAGAAUUUGGUAAAUAUUUCAGAGAGAAUAUACACGGAUUCAUCAGUACGAAAAUAUGUUUCAUCGGUGCCAUUCUCAAUCUACUCAACCUGGUUGUAUUCACGAGGAAAACUAUGAUUUCACCAGCAAACUUGAUUUUCGCCCAUUUAGCUUUCGUGAGCUCUCUAGUUCUACUGGCUCGUAUUCCACUCGUAUGGAUUAAAUACGUCCGAUACCAACAUGACCACAGCCAACAAAGAACUUACGGAUGGGCAGUAUUUACAAUUUAUUGCGAUACUUUCAUAGUCACUUUUCAGUUCAUAUCAGCAUUUCUCACGGUGCAAUUGGCUGCAUGGAGAUAUAUAGCUGUAGUGCAUCCAUUGACGGAACGCUACUGGUGCAAUAUGAAAAUGACUUUCAAAGUGAUAAUUGUUGGUUACGUGAUGUGCUGCGUUUUGCUUGGAGUACCUAUGCAUUUGUCGCGUAAUGUUAAAACCAUCAACAUAAAUCAUACGAGUAUUUAUAUAGUCGAUUAUAAACGAAAUUCAAUAGCUUUUCCGGUGGCGUUCAUUAUGUACGGAUUUCUGGGCAGGAUAUUGCCAGCAAUUGUGCUAGCUGUAUUGACCAUUAAACUCGUUGUCACCUUAUUAACAAGAAAAUCUAAUCGAGAACAAAUGACUCCAUCCACAAUCGCUCGAAACAGGAUUAGAAACGUAAAAUUGAAGAAGCAGACCAACAGGUCGACGACAAUAAUGCUGACAGUAGUGAUAUUAUUUUUCAUCGCUGAAUUUCCAAAAGGAAUCCUUAGCUUAUUGAGAGCAGUUUACGAGUUCGAUGGAAUAUUUCACACGACAGCUCAUCAAACAUGUUACACUUCACUGAUACAAAUAUUCAACACGAUAACUGAUAUCAAUUUAGCGAUCACUUUCAUUGUAUAUUAUAUUUUAAGUGAACAUUUCAGAUUCACGUUUAAAUCGCUGUUCAGUUGUAGUAAUGCUUCUCGUCAAACACAAACGAGUACCUAUCUAACUUUAAGUAGUAUUAAAAAAAUCGAUACAGGUUCCUCAAUUGUAAAAAUUUAGCUAAAACGAUCUUCACUUAUUUCACAGUCACUCAAAUCAAAAACAAAGUCAAGAUCAUUCGAAUUUUUUCAUUUUUUCUAAAUAUAUUUUUAAAACGAGGCAUGCCUACUUCAGUUUCACAGAUGCAGUAGCUUGAACUCAUGUAAAUUAUUUCAAUAAUUUUGUUAAUGGUGAGUUUUUUUUGAUCCGCUAGAGAGCUAAUUUCAUUUAAAAAGUAAAACCGAUUCAUUAUUGUAAUUGGCAAUGCGUGAGGUUAGACAUCAUCCACGGUUAUAAACUUUUGAAUACUUACGUAGGUAGAUAUGUAUCUUGAGAAAACUUCUCGAAGUGUUCACCUCUGAUUUAAAUGGAACCGCGAUUUUUGCAAAGAGCAUAAUUAUGGUCUGAGAUCCCCAUAACCCAGAAUUUCAGCUGUCAAAUCGAUUUUUGGCGAAUUUUUAAAAGUUCAAAAUUGACCAUCUUUGACGAUUUCUGCUUUUUUGGAAAGAAAAAAAAAUACAGGUAUAUUUUUAAUUAUUCUGUAAAAAUGAUGGAAAUUAGUCACGAAAGAAAAACUAUAACACCCUUGAAACAAAUUUCAC